AUGUUUAGUUAUAAGAAUAGAUCGUUGUUUGUACUACUCAUUGCACUGAUAGUGUUGUGCGAACAGUGCAAUGCAUACCUACCGGGUUUAGCAAAGACCUACAAAGCAAAUCAGAAUUACACUAUCCAAGUGAACAAGAUCACCUCUGUACAUACUCAAAUUCCAUAUGAAUACUAUAAAUUGCCGGUUUGUCAACCAGACAAAAAAGAUUAUGAAAGUGAGAAUCUAGGUGAAAUCUUACUUGGUGAUGUCAUUGAAAGUUCUUUAUUCAGAGAACAACCAUGUACAGUUAUCAAUGGAUAUCAAGAUACAAAAUGUGAACCAAUUCUCACUGCAGAUCAGACAAAGACUUUACAAGAUAGAAUCAAACAGGGAUAUAGAGCUCAUUGGUUAUUCGAUGGUCUACCCGCACGUCAAUCUGAACUUGAAGCACAUCAACCUGGAUUCGAUAUAGGUUUUGUUGGUAGAGAUGGUCAAGAAGGAAUCUUUGUUAAUAAUCAUUUUAAAAUAGUAAUUCAUUACCAUCAAGCUCCGGGUGCCGACGAUUAUAAUGUUGUUGGAUUCGUUGUUGAACCAAGCAGUGUUGAAUAUACAGGUGCAAGUCCAAAGGGAUACGAAAAGGAUUUGAAUUGUCCAGCUUCCACCGAUGGCAGCCAAAUAGUCGACAAGGACAGUUUCAUUCUUUGGACAUACUCUGUCACCUUCCAAAAGAGUGAAACUCGUUGGGAGAAGCGUUGGGACACCUACUUGAAACCCAAUGAACAAUCGGUUCGUUUCCAUUGGUUCUCGAUCCUCAAUUCCUUGAUGAUCGUCUUUUUCUUGACUGUUAUGGUUGCACUCAUCAUGAUGAGAACAUUGAAGGCCGACUUUAGAAAGUACAACUCGAUCGAUGCCUCUGACGAACCAGAGGAGACCGGUUGGAAGAUGAUUCACGGUGAUGUAUUCCGUCCACCAACUCACCCAAUGAUUCUCUCUGUCUUGGUUGGUAGUGGUGUCCAAGUGUUUGCCAUGACCAUCAUCACCAUGUUGUUUGCCAUUCUCGGAUUCCUUUCACCAGCCAACAUUGGUAGUUUACAAACUUCAUUAGUUGUAUUAUUUGUUAUUAUGGCUAUGUUUGCAGGAUAUUUCUCAACAAGAGCAUACGUUUCUUUCAAAGGAACCAAUUGGAAGAGAAAUACAAUUAAUACAGCAUUCGGUUUCCCAGGUUUCAUUUUCUUUAUUUUCUUUAUUAUCAACAUGAUGUUGAGAGGUUAUGGAUCGUCAGCAGCCAUUCCAUUCACCACUUUCUUAUCGUUGAUUGCAAUGUGGUUCGGUAUCUCUGUACCAUUGGCAUUCACUGGAAGUUAUUUCGCCUUUAAGAAGCCAGUCCCACAAGAUCCGGUACGUACCAAUCAAAUUCCACGUCAAAUUCCCGAUCAAAUCUGGUACAUGAAGCCUGCACUCUCUAUUUUGAUGGGAGCUAUCCUUCCAUUCGGAGCGGUAUUCAUCGAACUCUACUUUAUUUUAUCGGCCGUCUGGGACAAUCAACUCUACUACAUCUUUGGUUUCCUCUUUAUCGUAUUAAUCAUUUUGGUUGUAACAUCCGCCGAGAUUACCAUUGUAAUGUGUUACUUCCAGCUCUGUGCCGAAGACUACCACUGGUGGUGGAGAUCGUUCUUGACCUCUGGUGCAUCCGCACUCUUUAUGUUCUUAUAUUUUAUUUACUUCUUUAAACACUUGCAAAUCACCAAGUUUGUAUCUAUUAUGUUAUACUUUGGAUACUCUUUGAUUAUGGCUUCCACAUUCUUUGUCAUGACCGGUGCAAUUGGUUUCUACGCUUGCCAUUGGUUCGUAAGAAAGAUUUACAGUAGUAUCCAUAUCAAUUAG